AUGGCGCAAGCGCUUCCUCGUGGGUUUGUUUUCAAUCUUCCCUCCAACCACUCUCCUCCCACUUACAUAUCACCAGGUUACGACCUUCAGGGCAACACGUACUGGGAAUUUCGACUCACGAGAGGCGCUGAGAGUAAUGAGCGCUGGCGAAGAAUUGUUAAAUACCCGCGAUCAACACACUACUCUUCUGUAAAGGUCAGCCCUCAAUGGCACCAGUGGUUACGGCAUACACGAGAGGAGCCUCCGAGUAUCGAGGAACAACACAGCGAUGUUCUGCGCCGGGUGAGGAUGCAGAAACUUGCUGCUGAGGCGGAUGCUCGGUGGGAGGCCAAGCCGCGAGUCAUGGAGGCACCGCAGGCUGCGCCGGCACCAUUGCUUUCACCGGCGACGGCUAGUCCUUUACAACAAGACGCCGAGAGUAGUGAGCAAACUGACACAGUCUCGAAAAAGAUCAAAGAAGAUGCUGAGAAGAAGGAUGAUCCUUGGGCCAAGGCAAAAGCUAGAGCACCAGGCGAGACAUGGCAACCCACUUCUUGGAGUCCUACAGCAGCCAAGAAACGCUGA